AUGAUUCAAAAUUCUAUUAUUAAUUAUUCUCGAUGGUUAUUAUUUCCAUCAUUUUUUACUCGUUGUUUAAGUAGUAAUAAUAAUCGAUUAAUAGUAAAAAAUUUUGAUCGAAAAACAUUUGAUUAUUUUUAUACACGUCGUCUUAAAAUCUUUAAUGAUAAUAAAAAACAAAUGUUAAAUCAUAUUCGUAAAAAUCUUGAAUCUAUAUUAAAAACUUCAUCUAUUAUUAAUUAUUUAAAUAAUUUAAAUUCUAUAAAUCAAUAUGAAAAUUUCUCACAAAAAAUAUCUAUUGAACAACUUAAUGAUAUAUUAUUUUUUGCAUAUGAACAUAAUAUUAAACUUAAUUUAUUAACAAAACGUUUAAUUGAAUGUAUAUUACCAAUAAAUAAUAAUUUUUAUUCAAAUUUAUUUAUUGAACUUAUUAAUUUAUUUGUUCUUCAUCAACAAAAAUAUUAUGAUCAAAAAACAAAAAUUCCUAAUGAAAUAUUACAAAAAUUUAUUAAUUAUUUAGAAUUAAAUUUAACACAAAAUCAAAUAAAAAUGAUUUCAUUAUUUGAUCUUAGUCUUCUUUGUUCAGCAAUGUAUCGUUUACAAAUAUCAUUAAAAAAUAUAAAUUUACUUGAAUAUAUUGCUCAAUAUAUAAUUAAUGAUGAAAAGAAAAAAUUUCUUUCAGCUGUUGAUAAACAAAAUUUUAUUAAAAUUUUAACAUUAUCAAAUUAUGGAAAAAUUAAUAUAGCUCAAUCAUUAGCAAAUCGAUUUAAUCAAUCAUUUGAACAACAUAUACAAACAAAUUUAUAUUCAUUUAGUUAUGAAAUUGUUCGUAUGACAAUGCGUAUUGGAAUUUAUUUUUCUAUAUUUCAUUAUUAUUCAAAUCAAUUUUUUCAAAAUUGUUUAAAAUUAAUUGAAUUAGAAUCAAAUUCAUCCAGACCAUUAUAUCGAGCUAAAGAUAUUAUUCAAAUAAUGAAUACACUUAUUUAUAUGGGUUAUAUACGAAAACAAAAUUUUAAAUAUCUCGAAUUAAUUCAUACUUAUCAUCAAAUGAAUCAAUUUAACAAUAAACCCGAACGUCUAGUCGAUGUACUUGCACCAUUGGCAAUUAUUAAUUGUUUUCCAGAGAACUUAUUAGAAGAACUUUUUACCAAAGAAAAUUUAAAUCAAUUAAUUGGUAGGACAUUUCAAUGA